AGUCACUAAUAGGAUUGUGGGUAUUAAUUUGGAAAUACAUGCUUGGUGGCUACUGGCAGAAGAGCGACCUUGCAGGUCAGCUAAGCAGCACCAGAAAUGCUUUCAUCUAAUCUACGCCUGAUAUUCUAACACGACAGGCUGGAAAGGUCUCUGGUUCUUUGGGAUGCUGAUUCCCCUCUGGAGAUCACUGAGGACACCAUGGCAGUGGCCUUUGAAGCAAUGCUAGGUCGAGUCAAGGAUGUUUGUAAAAGGAAUGGUUUACUCAUUCUCUCAGUAUUGUCUGUCAUAGUGGGAUGUCUCCUUGGAUUCUUCCUGAGGACAAGGCGCCUUUCUCAGCAGGAAAUUAGUUAUUUCCAAUUUCCUGGAGAGUUAUUGAUGAGAAUGUUGAAAAUGUUGAUUCUCCCUCUGGUUGUUUCAAGCCUGAUGUCUGGACUAGCAGCUCUUGAUGCUAAAACAUCCAGUCGAUUAGGCAUCAUUACAAUCACUUACUAUCUUUGGACUACAUUUGUGGCUGUGAUUGUGGGAAUCAUUAUGGUGUCCAUUAUCCAUCCUGGUGGGGCAGCCCAAAAGGAAAAUACCGAGGAAAGUGGGAAGCCAAUCAUGAGCUCUGCAGAUGCAUUGCUGGACCUAAUUCGGUAA